CCCAGGGCCAUUAAAUACCAUCCGUUAUCCGUCCCAUUCACCGAAAGUUGCCUGAGAUUCUCCUGCCGUCAACAUGCUGGCCCUCGUGCUCAUCCUGUUGCCAUUUUAUUGCCUGAGCCACGACAUUUCAUCCAGUGAGGUUGAUGCCUGCUACUGCAAUGAGGGCGCCUGCGCAAACAACGUCUGCGACAACUGUCGCUUCGAGCACGGUAAAAGAGCGACGUUGCAGCUGCAUGCUGGUCCAACUGACGUCUUUCUGUGCACUGCAGAUGGCCGAUACGUGUGCUUCAGCGGUUGGAGUGAGCAGCAGUGUCAGGGCAAGGGGUACUCAUGGUGCGCGGGCAAGAAGCACGAGGACGACAAAGACGAGAAGCUGAAAGACCCCUGCUACUGCACCGAAGGCGCCUGCACCAACCAGAGGUGCGACAACUGCAACUACGCCUAUGGGACGAACGGAGAGAGGAGGGCCUGCUACUACGGCUGGAGCCAAUGGUACUGUGACAUGCUCGGGUCGCCGUACCACUGGUGUGGAGAGGGGACCGAGGCAACUGUCGUGCCAACAUGGGAGCCUGCAGAGCCGAUCACCGAAGAGCCAACAGCCCCGCCGCAGAAACCGACGACGGCUGAGCCUACAUCCGCAGAAACGACCACACGUCAGCCGGCUGUUUCUGCGAGACCCCCAGUGGCCACGACCCAGCAGCCAGGAACGACUGCGGGCCCUCCCGUGCCCACCACAGGCGGGCCGGCCCCGGCACCGAAGCCGCCGCUCGAAGGCGAAAAGCCGUCUGGUGCGGGGGGACACUCGCAGCCGCUCAGAGUGAGAGACAGGGAGGAUGUGUGUGUGUGUGUAUGUCUGUGUGGCAGGUGGUGCAAAGACGUCGAUCGAGCGGGUGAUGGCUUACUUCGGCAAUGUACGCAGAGACACGGAAAGGGAGAGACACGACUUGGGCGCAGCGCACCUUGUGUGUGUUCGGUCCAGUGGGCCAUCUAUGACUCGAUGCCGUAUUCGCGGAAUUUCAAGCCGUUCGACAUGGAGCCCAUCCUCGACGGCGUCACACACGUGCUUUACGCAUUCGCCGACCUUGACAAAGACUGCAAACUGGUGAGAGAUCGACCAGAGAGAAGCGGUGUAUAUAACUGUCUGUGUCUCUGCGUGGGGUCGGUGUGGGCCACCUUCAUGUCAUGCAGCGCUACACCGAUCCUAAUGCUGACAUCCAGACCGCCUACCAAGGGCAGUUCCCUGGCAUGCCCUCGUGGAAGGAAUCCGGUUAGCAACCUGAUUGACUCACGAACAAGAGGCUGAUCAACCGGUUGGUUCUAUGCGUGGAUGCCUGCAUAGACAUGGGCAACCUGAAAGCCUUUGAGAUCCUCAAGCAGAAGCACCCUCCCCUCAAGUUCAUCUACUCUGUCGGCGGCUGGUCCCUCUCCGCCCAGUUCUCCAAGUGCUCGGCCGACAAGGCUCUUCGCGAGAAGAUGGUCGCCGAUCACGUCAAAUGGGUGGAAGAUCAUCCUAUCGUUGACGGCAGGUGACUGCCCGUAUGCACCUAUUGGGGCGACAUUCGCAUUAUGUGCGUUGUUUCAAUACAGGCCUUGACAUCGAUUGGGAGUAUCCCACCUGCUGUGGUGACUGGAUUCUCGGCGACCCCGCGGGUCUGAAUGCGUGUGGCGCUAGGCAGACGGCGGAUCCAACAGCCGACAGGCCGUCAAGGCCACUGGCGAGCCCACCUGCAGGAAAGAUGUAAGGGUGGAUGCACUCGACUGGCUGCAGUGAUGGAUAAGGCCGGUCUUCCUGUCUGCUCGCGUGUCUGCAGGACUGGAAAAACUACGUGCUCUACCUCAAAGAGCUCCGCGAGGCACUCGACGUGUCAGCAGAAAGAAGAAUAGAGACACGGACACUUCGACAGCUUCCAUGUCUGUCUCCUUCCUUACACACACACACAUGCAGGAAGUUCCCAAAUGAUCACAAAGAGCUGUCGAUAGCGGUCGGCAUCACGCUGAAGAUGCGCACCACAAAUCCCGACGACCCGCUGGCCAAGGUCUACACUCAGCUGUGCGAUGUGCUCGACUCGCUCAACCUCAUGACCUACGACAUCCAUGGGUCCUGGGAGCGCACCACCAACUUCCAAGCGCCACUUCAGUACGUCUGUCUGUCAGAUUAGUCAAGCAACACAGAGACACAUGCCCAUCUAGUUGUGUUGAUUGGCAAUGAUUGCAGCUUCGACGAGAGGGACCCCUCCUUGGCUGAGUUCCGCCGCCUCACAAUCGACGCCAUCGUCAAGGAGUUCACGGACACCUACAAAUGCCCACCCCACAAGGCACGCACGCACGCACGCAACUAUCAAACGUCUGUCUGAUUGGCUGCACUGAUGUGUCUGUGUCCCUUGUUCGCCUCUUUGGGUCUGCCGGCAGCUGUCCCUGGGACUUCCCCUGUAUGGUCGCAGUUGGAACGGCGUGUCCCCAGGGCCCAACAAUGACGGCAUGUACCAGCCGGCCACAGGAGCGCCCCGCCCGCCCAACAGCGGCCCAAAGCCAUGGCCUGCAGGCGGCAAGGUCAGACAUUGUGCGCGACACGUGUGUGUGCCUGUUUGCAUUGUCGCUCGGCCUUGUGCGUUGCUGCCUGCAUGUCGCUCGUGUGCAGGGGAGUGAGCAGACGGGAGCGACGAUUGAGCUGGGCCACAUGUCAGUGUGGGACAUCAUCGACAACUAUGAGGACAAGAACGGCUUCAAAAAGUACUACAACGAAGCCACACAGACUGCAUACGUCUACAAGUCAGUGAAAGGGGGAGAAAACGGGAAAAGAGACACGCACACCAUUGCCCAAUGCUCGCGUGUCUGUCUCUCCUCGGCUAUCUAUUUACAGCCCCAACACGAAGAUUUGGGUUGGCUACGAUGACGAAAAGGCCAUUCUUGCUAAGGUAAUCAUUCGAUCGACGCGUCGGCCAUUUCAUGCGGAGACAGAGACCAGUGCUGUACGGUCCAUGUUGCAGAUGCAUUUGGCGCACUCUCAUUCGCUGGGCGGCGUGUUUGUGUGGCUCAUCGACGACGACCGGCACUUUGACGUCUGGAACGAAAUGCACAGAUUCAGUAAGCCAAGCCAAACGGGAUACACAUGUCUCAAUUGGCUUGGCUGUGAGUGCAGUGGUCUCCAAGAAAAAGGAAGGUGCAUCUUCCCUGACAGAAGAGGCGUCAGCAGCCCACGAGACGGUUCAUGUGCACGCUUCUGGUCUGAUCCGCCGGCAUGCUUUCGGACAGUAGGACGUACCUAUGUGCUUAGGUGCGGUCGGUGAGUGCUCCAUCUGUGUGUCUGGUGUCAGUAGGGCCUUUAUUGUUUUUUUAGGCACAGCUGUCAUGGAUUGGAGUCAGGGGAACAAUCCGUGAAUGCCCUGUGUGUGUCUCGAGCUCAUUGGUGGCAUGUGUGCGGCGUCUCUGACCGAGAGUCUCAGAGAAGCAUCCCACGCAAGGCACACGGCAGGCUUAGAUGUUCGUGUCAAUUUGUCGCUUCACUCACG